UUGGCAUGGCAGUAAUGGAUUUUGUUUUUUUGUGGGUUUUUUUGUGCUUUCUGUACUUUGAGAACAUGAACAUUGUACCAAAGAAAAUUAAAUAGGCCAUGAUGAUAAUGAUAUAAGAAAAAUCGUCUAUCUUUGUUGUUUUGGCGUGGCAAUCUAAUGAUUUGCAGCCACGAUGAGGUAUUAUAUCUGAGCCUACGAAUACACAUCUAACCAAAUCAGAUGUGUUCAUAUGGGAAGUUCAUUGCCGAUGAUAUUGAUGUUGGUGCUUCUCUUUAAGAGAUUCAUUUGGAUUUGUUUCUUUCCAUCAGUUUUGUUGGUUUAUGUUACACUUUUGGGGUUUUUGCUAUGGUUAUGUUGAAUUAAUCAGUUUAACGUGUUUUAGUUAUUGUUGUACUCAUGUUUUUUUUUAUUUCUUAAAGGUUGGGCUGUAGUUUUGUUGAUGUUUUGUUUCUAUAUGCUGUUGUUCUUGUAUGAACUUAUCAUAUGCACGCUAACAAAAAAAUUACAUGUGCAAUUCCACCAGACAUAUAGAGGAAUGCAAGCUGGUCAGUUCCAACGCCCGAUGGCUGCUAUGCCUGAAAUUGAAGAUGAAGGAAACCAUAGAUUCGUCAUUUUCAUCCGUAUGGCCAAUAUCAGGUAUAAAGGUACCUACUACAAACAUUUGCAAGAUGGAAAAGAGGAUUCUUCUAGAAUGUGUCUCAUGGUAGGCACAUUGUUAGCAACAUUGUUUCACAGGGUAUUUGCAAACAACCAAUGCUACUUUGUGGUGAUGGAAAACAAACACAAAGUUCAACGCAUUUUAUGACUUACCUCGGUUUUUACACGCGUCUCGACCCAACCCCCGUGUAUUCAGCUGGUACCCUACUUUUGUGGCAUUAGAUCUAGCGGGUGUGUUGUAUUUGUAACAGUUUAGAAGUUAUGUAUUUGUACAAGUUUAGUUUAAUUUAAACAUAUUUGUACAACAGUUUUUUUAGAGUUUGCAAGUGCCUAUACCACCA